GUGCGCAAGAGACUAAGCUGGUAUCUUCUAAUGCCGAUUCGGAUGGGGACUCCAGUCCAACACAAGAUAGUAGCAAAGACUAAAGACAAUACGAGGCCGAGAUUCAUGCUCCGGAAGCGCCGGUGGUAUGUCUGGGCCGACCAUACAGAGUGGCUUCCGAUUGAGAACGGGAGCAACGCGGUAUCAUUCCAAGCAGGACGACAAGGAUAGUAAUCCAAACUGCUUUGGCGGUGCUAGACAAAACAGAGCAAGCUUGGAGCUGACUG